GAUAAUAUUUUGCUGUUGCUGACAAACAAAAAUUAAACCAUGUCUACUACUGGUGUUAGGUUCUGUCUCGCAGUCCCAAAGUCGUUAAAACAUCCAAAAUAUUCCGAUAAUACCUAUCAAGUACGUGUUGCUCAUAGACUAGCUGAAUGUCUUAAAACGUCCAUUAUGGAAAACCGUCUAAUGUCAACUUUUGUUCCUACUGACAGACAGAUUAACAUUGAGUGUGAUGACCAGCCAGUAUUUACAUCUUGUUGUACAAUUGAUGAAACACCAACUGAUUUGAAUAAUUGUAGUCAUUCUACACACUUUGUUCUGAUAUAUAUACCAAAGUUGUGGCUUAAACAAUGUGCAUCAUUACUAAGACCGGAUUUAUCAAUCGAUAAACAAGAACUCAAUAAUUGUGUUCAAAAGUUAACCGAUGGGCAAACAGCUUGGCUUGCCGAACUCGCUAUUCGUAGUUUAGUUUUGUCUAAGGCACAUAUUAAAAGUCUUGUAUGUGAUUUGGGUUUGUCCUUAAAUCUGAUUGAUAAUAUUGAUGAGUAUAUUUUAUCAAAUCGUCCAGCUCUAUUCAUCUUAGAGUUUUUAGGACUAAUGUCUAAUUUAACUAGAAGUCAUGACAAAAUGGAAAGACGAUCUAUAUGGACCGAUCAUUUCUCCACUUUAAAUGUAUUUCCGAAUUCUGAGAAAUUACGUCAGUAUUUUGGUGAUUCAAUUGGAUUUUAUUUUGUUUGGAUGAAGUCUUAUUGUGUUUAUUUAACUUGUCCGUUAAUCGCUGGUUUAUUUUGUCAAGUGUUCAAUUUACUAAAUGGUCAAUAUUUUGAAGAUAAGCAAGUAUCACUAGGAAUUCAUUUAGUUUAUACUAUUUUCAUGAUAUUAUGGGCUGUUAUCUGUACUAAACUGUGGCAACGUGAGUAUAUUUCUUGUGUCGAUCGAUGGUCUGGCAAUGCCUUAAUUGAAUUAGCAGCAAAUGACUUAACUUGGCUGUUUAACUUUACUGAUCAGAGACCAACUUUUCACGGCACUUGGAGACAAAGUCGCGUUACUGGCUUGAUGGAAUUGCACUAUCCUGCAGCUAAACGUCGAUUACGUUAUGUGGCAUCCGGUUUCAUUACAUUAGCAUGUUUGUUAUGGGCUAUAUUUGUAAAUAUUGCCCUGUUGAAUAUGGAAGGUUUUAUCGUAGCAGAAAAGUCGCCAUGGUUUCAUAUAGGAUUCGUAAGUCAGUUCGCUGAACCUGAUGCAAUAUUUGAUCCGAACGCCAAUGGAAUAUUAUCGUAUAUUCCUGGGGUUUUACAUUCUUUAAUGGUUUUCGUUAUGAAUCAAAUAAUUUUUCGUGCUAUUGCUGAACAUCUAACCGAAUGGGAAAAUCAUUGUACAAAUAAGGAUUAUGAACGUGCAUUGAUUAUAAAACGUUUCUUAUUUGAAUUGGUUGAUGCAUAUGGUGGUUUAAUUUAUUUAGGCUUUAUAUUAGCUGAUCGUUUGGCAUUACGUUCACUUUUAUUAACAAUGUUUGCUACUGAUUCAAUUAGACGCUUAACACUUGAAUGUAUUAUACCAUACAUAAUUUAUCGAUUUCGUGCAUGGAAAGAAAAACAAUCAAUUGGUUUAAUUAAACGUAACCACAAUAGUGAAAAACCUAUGUAUCAAAUACGUGUUGAACGUGAAUUAUGCGCAGAUAUUUAUGAAUCAUUUGAUGAUUAUUUAGAAAUGGUUUUACAACAUGGUUAUCUUGUAUUAUUUGCUUAUGCAUCACCAUUAUUUAUUACAAUUUUAGCUAUAUUAUGUACAUUUCUUGAAAUACAUUUUGAUGUAUUCAAAUUAUUUUGGGUAACACAAUGUCCUAAAUCAAAUUUAUUACUUAGAGAACAAUCUAUAUGGUUAUUGCUAUUAGGUAUACAAGCUUGGUUAUCUGUAUUAACUAAUGCUGGUUUAUUAAUAUCAGAAAUUCAUCGAUUAGAAAUUUUAACUGAUGUGACUGCAAGCACUAUAUUUCUAAUAUUUGAACAUUGCCUUAUAUUCAUUGCUUUAUGUAUACAUUUUUUAAUAUCCGAUACACCGGUUACUGUACGAGAUGCUAGAUUAGCUCGAGAUUUUGCUAGAGCACGUUUGUUGAAUCCUAAAAAAGAUAAUUAAUUAUACGAAGAUCAUGCUGCACAUAAAUGCACGUAUUACAUAAUACACAAAGUUUAGAAAGUCGUGAUGUGAUAUAUUAGUAAUUGUUUUAGCCUUUUUCACCUACUUAUAUUUAUUAUUUUGUUUGUCCUGAUUACGUUGUAUCUUACUUAAUAUACUUUACAAUUUUAGUAUAUGAAUUUUGUAGACUUUUGUUUGUACUCAUCAAACUUAGACAAUACGUUUUUUUCAAUGAUUUGUUAUUGAAUGAUGUUUUGAACGUUUAUCCAUAAAAGUCAAUACA